AUGGCCGAGUCCAGCGACUCGGCGACCGACAGUCCCCCCGAGUCAGCCUCCAUGAGAACAUCAGAGGACAGGGAAUCAACAGUUGCAGCAGACGAGGAUACGAAAAGGAUAGUACGCCGAAAACCCGUGCCUGGAAAGGGCCACAGGAAGUCGAGAAGAGGGUGCUAUAACUGCAAGCGGCGAAGGGUGAAAUGUCCCGAAGGCCGGCCAGAAUGCCAGCACUGCAGCCGAAUGGGCCUCGCCUGCGUUUACCCCCCGCCACCCAAGAUACAUGCCACCCUCCCAGCUACGCCCACGGCUGGCCUCGACCUCGACCAUCUCCGCUUCUUCCACCACUUUCUCGUAUCGGCCCACCCUCCACUGCCCUCUGGCGUCUCCACGGUCUGGCACAGCGUAGCCGCACUAGCCCAUGAGUACGAGUUCCUCGCCUCCGCCAUCCUAGCCCUCUCAGCCCAGCACCUAACCCUACUCGGCGGGGGGGACUUCUCGGUGCAGUCGCUCAGCCUGCGCGUGUCCGCCAUCUCGGGUCUCAACGACGCGCUGUCGCGGCCGUGCGUCACCCCCGCCGACGCCGACGCGCGCUACGCCGCCGUCGUGGCGCUGACGUUCCAGUCGUCGUACAUGGACGACGCCAUGAUGGAGUUCCUGGCCCUGCUGCGCGGCUGGAUGCUCGUGUCGACGGCGCUGGUCCCCGAUCCCGAGAGGUCCAUCUUUGGCGGGUUCACCCGGGACGCCUUUGUGCGGAGCAUGAGGAUGCGGGUGGUGGAAGAGCUGGGGGGCGCGGCCGGCUGUGACGGGGUGGUUGAGGACUUCUGCGCCUCGCUUAGAGUGGUUGCUCCCCGGUGCCAGAGCGUUGCCGAGCUGAAGUACCUGGCCAUGAUGGAGAGCAUUGCUCAGAAGAUUAAGAUAUCGCCUUUAGAUGCCUGCCUGGAGAUCGUCCCCUGCUACGCCAUGACCAACAAGAUGACGGCCGAGGAAUUCAGCGCCUUCACGGAUCCGCAAAAUUACAUCGCGCAGAUCCUUCUCGCCCAUUUCUUCAUGCUAGACUACAUCCUCGAGAUGUACGCCUUUGGUUCAGACGCAAAGCCUUUUGCUUUCCAGAAGCAAGUGACGCAGGCCUGGGUGAUCAGAGCUGCCGAGAAGCUGCCUAUCAGUUACCAGAAGUACAUGAUAUGGCCGUUAGGACUGGCCAAGAUGGAGAUGGCGGCGUGUAUUCAGGCACCAAGUUAA